GCCUCUGCCUGCCCUGCGGAGGAGCAAUGCUUCUGAGCAGCAGGGUCCUAGCUGGCACUGAGACCGAAGGAUCUUCUUCAGGCUGUGGGUGGAGAAGGCCUCAAUGGAGAUCCUCAGGAACUUCCAAUUAACCAAUCAACCCUAAUAGGCAAGUUUCUGAGGUAUCCUGGAGUUCCUCAGGGCUGUCCAGAUAAGGACUGACAGGAGGGAAAAUAGUAAAGUUCUGGUCUCAGUGUCUGUCACACAAAGCUGCGGCUCAUAAACCCUGAUGAACUCUCAGACCCGGCUAGGGGGGAUUGGGGGAGGAUGCAGAUGGAAGGCCCUCAGAGGAAAUGACCAGGCUCUGCCUUGGGACUUUGGGGGAGAGAAGUGCUGUCUGCUCUAAACAAAAGCGCUCUAAACAAAGCUCACUCAAGCAUCACAUCUUCGGGAGACCUGGAGCUGGUAAUCAGGACCCAACCUCCCAGGCAUGGAGCGGGAAUGUUCUUCCUGCGUUUCCGCCCUCUGUUUAUUCUCACUCCUUGUGAGAGACAAACGUCCACACUGUCACUGAGCGGGGUCCCAGAGCCACCAAACAGACUGUCUGCAGGGCUUCUUGGGUCUGGUUUGAGCCUGCUCGUGCCCCAGACCCUUCUGAGGAUCCUCUCUCCUGUCACUUUUUCCUGGAAAUCCCUGCAAGCUUCCUCUAGACUCGGAUGCCUUCCCUCUGGGAGAAGUGGCUUGCUCCGCUCGCUGGCUCACCAUUUAGCCUCCAGCCAUCCCAGGAAAUGGGAGCCACCAGCAGGAAGGAUCAAAUUCCUGAAAGGUGACAGCACUGCUCUGCCUCACUGCACUCCACUAGCCCUCAUCGCUGACUCCUUUCAUUUCUCCAGCCUGGGAAAGGUGGUGUUCGGAGAGGUGAAGAUGGGGAGGGCUAGGGGGAGGUGCCAGGCCUGGAAAGGGGCAGGCGCGGGCCCUAGCGGGAGAGGAGGGAGCUGAGCAAUGAGGGUGUUGGCUAAAAACAACAGUGUCUUGAUGGGAAAGGAGGAGCGAUGGGGAAGACUGGAGUGUCUCAGGCCCUCUCAGUGGAUGGGUGUUGUGGGAGAGAGGAGGCUGGGAGACAGGUCUCCCUCUGGAGUUCAGCGCUGAGUUGCUGUCCAAAUCAGUGGUCCUUGGAAUCUAUAAAACAAAACUGAGGACUUCAGAGGUGCAUCCAGAGGAGCCACACUCCAAAGGGACCACUUCCAGACACCAUGCGGCAAACCCUGCUGCUGCUGCUGCUGAUGGUGCUGCGCCCCAGCUGGGCAGAUCUUCUCCAGAGGGUCCCGCUCUUCCGGGUCACUCAGCAGGGCCCCUGGGGGAGCAGUGGCAGCAACGCCACCGACUCGCCCUGCGAGGGGCUGCCCGCCGCGGGUGCGACGGCCUUGACCCUGGCGAACCGCAACCUGGAGCGCCUGCCCGGCUGCCUACCGCGCACACUGCGCAGCCUCAACGCCAGCCACAACCUGCUGCGCGCACUGAGCACAUCCGAACUUGGCCACCUGGAGCAGCUGCAGGUGCUGACCCUGAGCCACAACCGCAUCGCCGAGCUGCGCUGGGGCCCGGGCGGGCCGGCGGGGCUGCACACCCUGGACCUCAACUACAACCAGCUGGCUGCUCUGACGCCAUGUGCCGGUCCCGCACUGAGCAGCCUCCGCGUCCUGGCGCUCGCCGGGAAUCCGCUGCAGGCGCUACAGCCCCGGGCCUUCGCCUGCUUCCCCGCGCUGCAGCUCCUCAACCUCUCCUGCACCGCGCUGGGUCGCGGCGCACAGGGGGGCAUCGCCGAGGCGGCGUUCGCUGGAGAGGAUGGCGCGCCCCUGGCCACGCUCGAAGUCCUGGAUCUCAGUGGCACGUUCCUCGAGCGGGGUGAGUCCGGGCGCCCCGCGUUUUCAGCAGACCUGAGCGCAAAGCCAGGCUGCGCGUGUGCUCCUGAGGGCAGGGCUGCAUUCUUCCUCGAGGGAACCACAGCCCAUAAUUCUAUUCUUCCCUCCCCGCUCUUCACGCCGCUCUCCUUCUCGGCGCGCUUUGCUCCUCUCCCUCGCACCGCCGACCCGCCCCUUCCGUGGGUGACUAUCUCUCGGUUCAGCUGCAACUUGAGUUCCUUCCCUCCUUGGACCCUGGAUUCCUCCCAGGUCCUAUCGAUCAACCUUUUUGGCAACCCCCUCACUUGUAGCUGUGACUUGUCUUGGCUCCUCAUGGAUGCAAAGAGAACUGUCCUAAGCAGGGCAGCAGACACUGUGUGCAGGCCAGCUGCGGGAUCCAGCGGCCCCUUCUCAGCCUCCCUGUCACUCUCCCAGCUGCCCGGAGUGUGCCAGUCCGACCAAAGCACUACUCUCCGAGCUUCACACCCACCCGGCUUCAACCACUCCACCUACCCACAGGGUCCCACCGUGGCGCCCAGCGCAUCCCCUGCCACCCAGCCUGCGGGAGACCAGCAGAGUGUCUCCAAGGCCCCUAACGUGGGCUCCCGCACGACAGCUGCAUGGCCGCACAGCGAUGCACAGGAGGGGACUGCCUCUUCCACGACCAACUCUGUAGCAGGUCACAGCAACUCCAGCGUUUUCCCCAGGGCUGCCAGCGCCACCGCAUCCCAGCACAGAGGAGAACAUGCCCCCGGGCUUGUCGUUGAGCCUAGUAUCUCAGCUGCCUCCACCCCACUGGAGAGCAAGCUCCUGGACCCCUUCCCUACCUCGUGGACCCCCAUAAGCUCGCCUCAGCCCGGCCAGAGGACACACGCCACACCCCAAGCCCCCAACCCGAGUCCUUCUGAGGGCGGGAUUCCAGUCUUGCUGCUAGACGACUACAGUGAGGAGGAGGAGGGGAGGAAGGAGGAGGUGGGAAUGCCUCACCAGGAUGUCCCCUGUGAUUACCAUCCCUGCAAGCACCUACAGACCCCGUGCGCUGAGCUGCAGAGGCAGUCGCGGUGCCGUUGCCCCGGCCUCAGCGGAGAAGACACCAUCCCAGACCCGCCCAGGCUGCAGGGGGUGACGGAGACAACGGACACGUCGGCGCUGGUCCACUGGUGUGCCCCCAACUCGGUAGUGCACGGGUACCAGAUCCGCUACUCUGCGGAGGGCUGGGCGGGGAACCAGUCGGUGGUGGGGGUCAUCUACCCCACGGCCCGGCAGCACCCUCUGUACGGGCUGUCGCCAGGCACCACCUACCGCGUGUGCGUGCUGGCGGCCAACAGGGCAGGCCUGAGCCAGCCGCGGUCCUCGGGCUGGAGGAGCCCGUGUGCCGCCUUCACCACCAAGCCCAGCUUUGCGCUCCUGCUCUCUGGGAUGUGCGCAGCCAGCGGCCUGCUGCUUGCCAGCACCUUAGUGCUGUCCGCGUGUCUCUGCAGGCGGGGCCAGACGCUACGCCUGCAGCGCUGCGACACGCACCUAGUGGCCUGCAAAAACCCGGCCUUUGAUUACCCGCUGGAGCUCCAGACCGUCAGUUAGCCCAGCUUCUGGGCAAACGCCUCUAACCGAACUGGAUCUGAGCGCAGAAAGGUACAGAAGGUCAAAAACGACCCCAUCCGCUCCUAGGGUUUCUAAUUCCCGUGAAGCCAGAAUGCCCUGGGCACACAUGGAACUUGCCACACUGAGUGUCUCAGUCCAAGGAACAACUGCCCUCCCUUCCUUCUACUUUAUUCUCUGUUCCCAGAAACCUGAUGGUCAAUGCCAGAUCGCUCCCCACUGCCGCCAGGCCUUCUUGUGUGUUGUUUCGUUUGGGGUUUUCAGCAGUCAGUGCCCUUCUAUCCAGUAGAAUAGUGUAUGGAAGUUGGAAGGGAUGAAACAGGGAAAUUGCAUAACCCAGCCUCUUUGAUCGUUAGAAAUCAUCUCCUCAGGUCUUUCCAGCGGAAGCUCCUUCAUGGUCAAGCUCUAAGGCAUAAUGAGCUCUGUUAUUCAAGAAAUCAAUUCCAGUGGAUUUCCAGUUCCAAUUCCUGAGAACCGGGGUUAGGGGGAGAGCUAAUUAAUGGUUGCUUCGUAAGGCCUUCUGGGUUUAUUAGUUCCAUUUCAGGACAUGACAAGAAAAUACACUUCCAGCUUUACAGUUAAAACCAGUUUUCUGGGAACAUUUGUCAAACACAGGGAAAAGCUGUCCUUUUAAGUUAGUGUUUACUUAUUUCACCUAAGACUAAGUGGACAAAUGAAUUAUAAAUUCAUUUUUUAGGAAGCAUAAUAAACUUUGGAAAUCUUUUUUCUUAAUUAGAGGGGAGAAAUGAGCUAAAGAGAACUCAAGACUCUAGCUAGAAGCCCAAGUGUUUCUCUGCCCUAAGUGCAUCAAACAAUGCCUUAAAAUCUGUCUUCAUGUGGGAGGCACCUACUCUGCCCUCUACUUUUUCACUUUUAUACAAACUCAGGGGAAACUCAGGGGAAAAAAUGAUUCUAUGAAAUUAUAAUUAGAGCCAUAUUUCUAGGUUUUAAUUUUCAACAUUAGCAUUUAUUAAUUUCCUGCAGCUGCCAUAACAAGUUAGUAAAACUGGCUUAAAAGAACAUAAAUUUAUUUUCCUACAGUCCAAGUCAGAAAUCCCAAAUCAAAGCAUCAGUGGAGUUGGUUCUUCUUGCAGGCUCCAAGGGAGUUGUUCCAUCUUCUCUCCCAGCUUUGGAUGGUUGGCAGCAAUCCUCAGUAUUCCUUAGCUUAUAGACAUCAUUCCAAUCUAUCCCUCCAUCAUCUCACGGCAUUCUCUGUCUCCCUGUUCACAUUUCCUUUUUUUUUUUUUUUUUUAACCAAAAAAACUAGUUAUUGGGUUAAGGCCCACUAUAAUCCAGUAUGACCUAAUUCUAACUUGAUUGUAUCUGAAAAGACCCUAUUUCCAAAUAAGGUUACAUGUACAGUACUGGGGGUUUGAAUGUGAACAUAUCUUCCUUGGAAGAUGCAAUUCAACCCACAAGAGCAUUUACUUCUACUGUAAGAAGAAAACAAAUCAAGUUUAAAUCCCAUGUAUCUUUUGUUUCCAAACCAUGCUGCAGAAACUAAAACUGAAUUGCACUAUAUAUUUCUAGGUGUUUGAAGUUUUGAAAGAGCUUCCCCAAAUUUUAAGGUAGAUCCCUAGUUUCAUCAUAAAUGUAACUAAGAGAAUUGGAUUAAAUGGUUUCAAAGAUCUCCACCAGCUCCUGGUUAAAAACUGCAAAGCUAUGAUGUGUGUGCUUGUAAAAAAAAAAAAAA